AUGUCCAAUAAAUAUGAAGCUAAGGGCUGUUUAGGGUCUGCAACAGAUACAUUGGAUUCAUCUGGAAGAAUUGUGAGUUUGGAUCCACAUGACCACAUCAGUAGAGAAGAUUUGGAAGACGGUUUGGGAAAGUUUAGGGGCAAUAUUUUUCAAGUUCCACCCAUAUAUUCAGCACUGAAGGUAAAUGGUAAAAGAAUGUCUGAUCUUGCAGCAAGAGGGCAGCACAUAGAGCAAAAGCCCGCCAGACCUGUUACAGUUCACUGCCUGCAGUGUACAGGCUUCGAUUCACCACAUUUCAGUCUGAGUAUUCGUUGUGGUGGAGGAUUUUAUGUGAGAAGCCUGAUACAUGAUCUUGGAGAAUACCUAGGUACCAGCGCCCAUAUGACCUACCUACUACGUACCAAUCAAGGACCAUUUAGCCUUACCCAUCAUGCAUUGCAACCAGAGAAACUGACUGUGAAGGUCAUAGAAGAGACGAUAUUGCACAACACUCCACCUUGUGUAAGCUGAUGUAUAUUAUCAUCAUCAUUUGAUCAAUAAUGUUUACAAAUGAUAUGUUCAAUGACACUUAAACAGAAACCAUUAUAUACCGCAUUCAUAGAUAGGUAUCUGAUUGGUUAAGAAACGGGCAAUGGCAAGUUCUAUCACCCUAAAAGUACUUUUUUGCUCUGUCGCGGAUGUGCAAUUUCUAGGCCAUGUUGCUAUGUAAUUUAUGACAUGCACGAAUGGUAAAGAAGACAUGACCUCUACGACGCUGAAAGAGAUUGGCCCUUUGAUCGCCUAGGCCUGGGAAGUAAGCCUAGGCCUACUUGGUGCGUACUAUUUUCAUUACUUUUUAGAUCUCGUAGAAUCUAUGUAUGAGAUAUAUAAAAAAAUAUUGACUGCUCAUGUGGCGAAUAGGGAAAUCUAUUGCCUGGCCCUCGGGAAGAUAGGCUACGGUCUCCACAUCACGUCAGGGCAAUAUAUUUCACCAUUCCCCUCAUGAGCAGUCAAUAUUUGUAUACUGCUGUCUUUUAGUACAUGAAAAGACAGCAGGCAUCAGAAAUUGUUCAGAAAAGCUACUUCUAGGAGUCUUCUUAAGACAUGUAACUAUUUUAUAUUUACUGUGUGUGGUGAUACAAAUGGUCAGCUGAUUUAAAGGAGUCUGUUAACCAUGUUAGCUAACCAUAAAUUUCAGAGUACAAUGCUGAAAUUGAUGUAUAUGAAGCCCUCAGAACCCAUACAAUAUUGAAGCUGCAUUCUAACUGGCUCUGAUUCUUGACCUCGCUGGGAUUAUAAGUGACCCCAUACCCCAGAUGGUCCAUAUUUUAACAGGAAUAAAAAAAAUGCCAGUAGGAAAAAAUGCUAGUAGGAAUGAACAAUAAUCAAUUCAAUGUUGAUUUUUUUAUAUUUUCAUUUUUUAAUAAUUUAACUGUUCUUUUAACUUGCUAUUUUUUUGUAUGGAUUGUACCUUGUGUAGUUUUGAUUUCAUUGUAUUUCAUAUCAGACUUGUUGAACGGACUGUCAAAUACUAUGACAUGUGGCGCCAUUGUAAAGGCAUACUGUAGUUUUCCAAUAAACAUUGUAUGUUAUUCUAUAACAAACAAUGUUUACGGCCUUUUCUCAUACAUGACAGCCUCUUCAUGUGAUCCUAAAUUACCCUGUAGCAUUGUAAGUACUUUAUAAGAGACAACAAUCUUCUACUUAAACAGUAUGUCCACAAGAAAAAAAAAACAAUGAUGACAAUAUGAACCCGGAUGGCAAUAACAUGUAUUCAGGUUAAAACAUGCUUAGUGUUCAAACGUGCCUGUAUCAAAAGAAAAAAAAAUUUAUUGAAAUAUUGUUUAAUUUUUUAGGCCAUGGUGCAUUUUGUGUACAAAUAACAAAUUCAUAUUUGCUAUUUGUUACCAAACUGAUAUACCAUCUGUGGUUAGAUAAGAAAAAAAUCUUAAAAAAUUAUAUUUCUUUUCAAAGUAUCAAUAAACAACUUUACAGAUUCAGUUCAGUUCGGUUUCAACUAAAUUUUGACCUCGCAUACUACCUGUAUCCACUUUAUUCUAUCUAUCAGCUUUUUUGGUCUCUCCUUGGCUAUGGCAGUUGGUCUUUUUUUCCAUUAUAUUUUUUCAAUGAUUUUAAUGUAAUAUUUUAAAAUCAUUUUAUCUAUUAUUUAUAUAAAAAUGUUAUUUAGUUUUAUUUUGCUUUUUGAGCAGUUGAAUAUCAUUACUGUUGUUUGACGAUGAGAAUAGCCACAAAGCCACAAUUCAUUUUGCACAUGGAGCAAUCCAUAGCCUUUUAUUUUCUUUUAGCUAAACUUCUUAUAAUAUCUGAAUGAAUUUUUCAUGAAUGUCUUUUCUAAUCUGUGUAUUUGUCUACCGUAAAAUGUUUUCAAUUGGUGAAUAAAAUUAUAUAUGAUAUG